AUGCAUAUUGUUGAAUUUUGCUAUUUUCCAUCUACCAGCAAUCCUGGUAUUUCUCUGCAAUUGUCUGCCAUCAAACCUCUUACUGGAAAUAAUUUUGAAGAAUGGUUCGAGUCUUUCAACGUGCAUAUGACUCUGCAAAAUCUAGACUUAGCUUUGAGGGUUGAUGAGCCAAGUAAGCCCACUGAUGUGAGCUUUGCAGAUGAAAGAUUAUUUUAUGAAAGAUGGGAGUACUCCAACAGGAGUUGUUUGAUGGUGAUGAAAUACAUUAUGGAUAAAUCUAUCAAAGAAUGCGUGCCAAAGAUGGAAAGGGCCAAAAACUUCUUGGAAUAUGUGAAAGCCAAUUAUACCAAGAUUGAUAAGGCAGAAAUGACAACUCAUUUGAAGCUUCUCACAACUACUGUAUAUGAUGGAGUUAGUGGGGUUAGAGAUCAUAUCAUCAAGCUAAAGCACUACUUCAACAAGGCAAAUGAGAUGAAAGUGGAGUUGGGUGAAAAUUUUCUGAAAUGGUUGAUACUUGAGUCUCUUCCUGUUUCCUUUGAUGCAGUGAAGUUGACUUACAAUACCUUGAAGGAAGAGUGGACUCUGGAGGAGUUGAUGUCCAUUGUAGUGCAACAUGAAGUCUCACUGAAGAAAAAUGAGACUCACUCCCUUGCUCUUGUAACUGAUCAAGUCAGUAAUAUGAAGAAAAACCUCCACACAAGAAUUUUGGAGGCUUUAAGCAGUUCAAGAGGAAAGGGAAUUCAAAUAAAGGAACCUCCAAUGCAUCUGCUUCUUCUAAUGCUGCAAAGAGUGAGAAAUUCAAGGGAAGUGCAACUUUUGCCACAAGAUUGGCCACAAGCAGGCUGA